GCUGACGGUUGCGUGCUGACGUCACCGUCCCGCUACGCUCGGAAGACUAGUGGAGGAAUGUGCGGAAACUUCCCCCGACACUUUCUGCUUUGUUUCGUCCGUGGAAAACCGUUGUUGACGAGAAGAAUUUAAGAGAUUCAAUCAGAAUAACGGCCGUGGUGGUGACUUUGUAUCGCUGGGUGGCCCAUCACCACCACCACCUCUACUACCAUAUCACAACCCAGAAGCAGAGCCCCUCUUUUCUCUAGCAUGGCCACCCGUGCCAUGUUCCCCGCGGGUGUGUUCUCGGUUGGGGGGGAGAUGGUGGAGGACGAAGGCCCCAGCCUGAGUGAUCUGCCCGGGAACAACCUGCCCGUGCCCCAGCUGGUAAUGCUGGCAAACGCGGCCACAGCGGUGGGGGGCAUGGAAAGUGCGGCGGAGGACGGGGCCAGCUGCGACGGGCUCACGGAGGAGAAGGACAUGGUGGAGCUGAAGACGGUUGGCUGCACCUACUCGGACAGCGAGGGAGAGAGCGUGAGAUACAGCUACGACCAGCAGAACCGGGUCGAGUUCUGCAUCGUGGAGUACGUGGAUUCCCCCGGACCCCGGGUUUGGACCCCAGCCCCCAGGAACAAAGUCCAGGAUGACCACGAGGCAGCGGAGGAGGAGGAGGAGGAGGGGGAGAAGAAGAAGGAGGAAACCAAAGACUCGGAAGAGGACGUCAAGGAUCUUUCCAAACCACAGGAGGCGAGUGCCCCCGACACGGCGGAAGCUUCUGCCGCCGCCGCCGCCGCCAAACGCAGGAGUAGCCACGCCGCCGCGGUGGAGAGCGCCAAGAAGAAGAAGCCCUUCCACUGCAAGCCCUGCAACUACCAGGCGGAGAACGAGGAGGAGUUUGUGGAGCACCUGGGCACCCACGCCGUCAGCAAGAGGAUGAUGCUGAACCGCGUGGAGGGCCGGAGCAAGGCCAAGGGCCCGGGGGCCGGGGGCCCCGUGCCGCCGGCGGAGGCCGGCGGUGGGGACGAGGCGGACAGCAAGGGCGUGAUCCGCUGCGAGAGGUGCGGCUACAACACCAACCGCUACGACCACUACGUCGCCCACCUCAAGCACCACAGCAAGGAGGGGGAGGACCAAAGGGUGUUCAAGUGCACUCUGUGUCCGUACACCACCGUCAGCCAGUACCACUGGAGGAAGCAUCUGCGCAAUCACUUCCCCAGCAAGCUCCACACCUGCGACCAGUGCUCCUACUUCUCGGACCGCAAGAGCAACUACAUCCAGCACAUACGAAAGCACACCGGAAUGCGUCCGUUCCGGUGUCCCUACUGUGACUACUCCAGCUCCCAGAAGACUCACCUGACCCGUCACAUGAGGACCCAUUCAGGCGAGAGGCCGUUCAAGUGCGACACCUGCAACUACCUGGCGGCCAAUCAGCACGAGGUGACGAGGCACGCCCGCCAGGUGCACAACGGCCCCAAGCCGCUGGCCUGUCCCUACUGCCUGUACAAGACGGCCGACCGCAGCAACUUCAAGAAGCACGUGGAGCUCCACCUCAACCCGCGGCAGUUCCACUGCCCGCUCUGCAAGUACGCCGCGUCCAAGAAGUGCAACCUGCAGUACCACAUCAAGUCCCGCCACGUGGGCUGCGACAUCCCCAUCGACGUGUCCAAGGUCAAGCUCCGCGUCAAGAAGGGGGGGGAGGACUCCGCAGACCCCUCGGGCCGCAGCAAGGUGAGGGGCGGGGAGGACGACGACGAAGACGACGACGACGGCGGCAGCGGAGGCGACUUUGAAAGUGACGAAGAGUACGGGAGCAAACUAGCGCCGGCUCCGAUCGCCCCGUCCGCCAAGAAGGGCGGGGGCCACACGCAGGCCGUGGGGACCGACGGGGAGACGGACCGAGGCCAGAGGAAGGCCAAGACCGCCGCGGCCGUCAAGGACAAGGGCGCCCUGGAGGGUAAGGAGAAGGCGGUGAGGAAGGUGACCACCAGGCAGAGGAAGGUGGCCGCGGCGGACGGAGGUCCGGCGGAGACGCCGCCGAAGAGCAGAGACCCCAAGGCGAAGAGGAGCGCCAGGAAGAAGCAGCCGCUGCCCAAGGAGACGCCGUGCGUCCAGGAGGCGGCCGAGCCGGCCAACCCCAACGAAGGGCAGGUCGUCCUGCAGCGGUCGAUAGAGGAGAUGAAGAAACUCCAGAAGGAGAGGAGGAUGGAAAAGGUGAGGAAGGCCAAGCAGGAGGACGGUAAACCCAAGGCUGACGUCAAGACGAACAAAAGGCUCCAGUCCAGGAGGACGGGAGCAAAGAAACCCGACAAAGGGAGCGGAAAACCUGGGGAGGGUGUCUCCGUGGGAAACGGCCCAGAAGAGUCACCUGAGGUGGAACAGCCGGCGAGGAAGGUCAAGGUUGGGAAGCGGAGAGCAGUAGAGGCCUUGGACCUUUCGACAAAGCAUUCUGCUGCUACCCCGACCUCAGGACUCCCCAGUCCCAAGAGGUGUAAAACGAGCGCUGCCAACAAGCCGGCCACAAAACCCAGCCUUUCUAAAACAGCCUCUGAGACGCCAGAGCCGUGUCAAGCCCCGCAGGAAGAAGAGGCGAAGCUGAAGAAGACCCGGAAGACCAACAAGAGGACGCCCGUCCUGCAGGAAGCUCCCGCCUCCCCCGGAGACACGCUGGACUCUGUCACCGGGGGCACUCCGACGGCCCCUACAGACGUCCAGCGCUCUCCCCCUGAGACCCAGAGUGAGGUGAGCCACCCCCAACCAGACUCCAGCGACGUGCAGAGGCUGACAAAACCCCGGCCGGCGCAGCAGAAAGACAAACCCGCUGCGCAGGAAACGGCGCCACAGGAAACGGAGCCACAGGAAGCGGCACCACAGGAAGCGGCAUCACAGGAAGCCGCUCCUCCAGCCCCGGAGAAGGACCUCCCAGCAGCGGCCGAGGGGCCGUCCCGGGGCUCCGGCCCCGGAGAGGAGGAGGAGGAGACCCCCUGCGCCGUCGCAGACCGGCCCCCCGCGCCCACGUUCCGGCGCCCGGGGGCCAAAGCCCCGCGGCCGUCCCUGGAGCUCCCCAGGCCGGCGGAGGAGGACGAGGGGAUACACAGCAGCCACGAGGGCGCCAGCGACGCCAGCGACUGCGCCUCCGAGGGCGGCAGCGAGGACUCGGGCCUCAACAGCGCCGGGGCCGGGUCGGGCAAGAUGGCCAACGACCCGGAGACGCCCACCGACGAGAUCCCCACGCCCACCGAGCUCAAGUGCCACCUGUGCGUCUUCUGCGACCGCACCUUCCCCCUGGAGGUGGAGUACCGCCGCCACCUCAACCGCCAUCUGGUCAACGUUUAUUACCCCGCCGAGGCCGGGAAGUGAGCGGAAAUAAACCGGAACCAACCGGGUGUGUUUCCGUUUAUUUCAGUUUAUUUCCCGGCCAAAGCCGGGAAAUAAACUGAAAUAAACUGAAAUAAACUGAAACGCACCCGGUUGGUUUCAGUUUACACGGGGACCAGACAACUCUUAGGGUGUCCCACCUGCCAUAUCGAAGGAGGGAUUAAGAAGACGCGAUUUGAUAAUUACAAGAUCAUGAAACGUUGGUCCUCCAGAUGCUCAUGUCUUCGGCGGCUGGUUAAACCCGUUGAACCUGUUACUGUAAGACGAAAUCCAGAGGCCAAAUGGAUUGGACUUUUAGUUAAUCACAAAUAACUAUUUUAUAUUAGUUGCCGUCUAAGUUUAUCAAUUUUAUGAUAUUUUUUGUAUAAAUGAUGAGCCUCCCUACCAGAAUAGUUACUAGGAAGCUGUUUGUUUUGUUUUACAGUAUUCCGAACUAUAGAAAUCGCAUCAUCUGAUAUCAUCUGAUACUUUGAUAAUCAAACUUUGUGCUUAAGAUUUCCUUUACAUUCAAGAGAAUGGGGCAAAAAAUGUUUUUUGUUAUCAAUGAGGUUUCCUUUGUUCUGUCAGUUGGGAAAACAGUAGCUGUAUUGCUGGCAUUACGUGUCAUUUCACCAUGAAUUUUUUUUUAAGCUUUGAAAUCCAAAGAUGCAAUCAUCGUCCUUUGUAUUUUCCUGUUCAUUUCCAGUGCCUUUUGACAAUCAUCUGUAAUGUAGUGUUUGUGUAAGUGGGUAGCUGAGGGGGUAAGGCGCUGAGGGGCCAUUUACUCGAUUUGCUGCCCGGUCAUGUCCAACUAUGUAGUUUAUUUUUAUUUUGGAGGAGCUGUCUCCAAAUAAGUCUCCAUUUCAGUUUAACAAUUAGUAUGAUGACAAACAUCUGGAAGGUUCUCGGAAGAAUGGUUGGUCUCCAAGAUCUCAAGUAAAACACAGCAUGGCUGAAGCUUCUGUUAUAUUAAUAACUAACAGCUAGCCAGCUAGUGGGGUACUUUUUCGUUUACUGAAGGUAAUGAUUUGUUCAGGUUGCAUGUAACUUGGAAGCAAAUGGAUAACAUUACCGUUUUGUUUGUGGAGACGACUGAUGUGCAAUACUGUCUUUUAGAUACACUGGCAAAUAAAUUCUGACUUGAUCUAUUAAAAUCGGCUAUAUGUUAUGUUCUGUGUAUAUGUUUGUAUAAGACUGGCUUUAUUGCAGCCCAAUAUCAACUUUUUUCAACUUUUUUUCUUGUGGUUAAGUAAGCUGGUUGUACUUUACAUGACAUAUUUUGCAUAGGUGUAGUUUACAUGAAAUUAUGUUGAAGUUUGAAGCAAAAUACAGCUUGAUAGGAAUGUUGGUUGAGAUUUGGCUUUAACUAAAUCCUUCAACCAUUAACUCACUGGAUCGUCACAGCAGUGCCAUAUGAAGCGUGCCAUUAUAUAACUUGUUAUUGCAAUAGAAAAAGCCCUGGUAACGCGAUUCUAAACCAUAGUUCAUUUAAUGUAUUUUUGGCGUUGAUGUCUACAUUUGAAAAUACAUUUCAGCUGUAGAUUCAAAAUUACACCAACAAAGUAAAGUGUCUACUCCCACUUGAUUCCUUUGUUACAAAACCCUUUUGACGUUUCUGUUCCAAGACUAAACAUAUUUUAAAUAAAGUUUGGUGUUUAAAUGCAA